AUGCGUAAGAACCUGUCUGAGUUUGAGUAUGUUGAGGCAUCCUUGGAAACUCCUAAGUUCGUGAAGGAAAAAACCCCCAAGGCUAAGGUAGUUGUGAGACAAAGGUCCAAGGCGAAUGCCAAGGCGGGCGUGGAAACUCCCGACAAGGCGGUGGAUGAUAAUAGCCCCAAGGGAAAGGCCGUUGUAAGAACCCCCAAGGCGGCCAAGGAGUUACCGAGGCGGAAGAAGCCAAAACUUGUUGGAACCCUUUUUGUAGGACCGUACCUUAAUAACUUUUCGAAACCAAUUCAACCGCACGUAAAAUCUAUUACGGAUGUGAGAAGUGAUGGAAAUUGUGGGCACCGAGCGGUAGCUUAUUUUAUGCACCAAUCCGAGCACAAUUGGAAGACAUGCCAAAAUGAUUUGCUCUUGGAGAUGAAUAACCAUUAUGACCUUUACGAAAAGAUGACCGGUAUCGGAGGUGCUAACAAGUUACGUUAUAGAUUGUCAUUCUUUCAAGACGAAACUGCACCCGAAGACAAGUGGAUGAUUUUUCCUGACAUGGAUCACGUUGUAGCUUCUACUUAUAAUGUGGUGGUUGUCCUCCUAUCCCAACUUCAAUGCCUUACUUUCCUUCCACUCCAUUCUCGUCCUCCAUCAUCGGACAAAAUAAGGGUUCUUGGAAUUGGACUCGUGAAUGGAGAUCACUUCGUACAGGUUGAUCUAAAAUCAUGUUCCCCCUUGCCGCCUAUUGCCAACUAUUGGUUCAAAUUUCAAUGGGAGGAGGCCAAGGAAUGGGAGAAACUUUUUUCUGCCCAAAUAUAA